AUGGUGCGAGGGAGGAGGUAUGGUGGUAUGGGAGGGAUGGCGGGAGGGAUGGUGGGAGGGGUGGUGAUGGGUGAAUAUGGUGGAAGGGAUGGAAAUGGUGAGACGGAUGGUGGGAUGGAUGGUGGGAUGGAUGGUGGGAUGGAUGGUGGGAUGGAUGGUGGGAUGGAUGGUGGGAUGGAUGGUGGGAUGGAUGGUGGGAUGGAUGGUGGGAUGGAUGGUGGGAUGGAUGGUGGGAUGGAUGGUGGGAUGGAUGGUGGGAUGCUUUUGAGUCGACUCAAAAGUAGACUCAUUACACGCGGCUCUUCGAAACGCUUGCGCCAUGACAAGGAGUCUGCUCCAGCAUCAACUCAUGCUAACAAGACGCAAGAAAAGCAUGCUGGAUCUGCUCCCACCGCGCCUGACGUCAGCCUGGGCAGUACAUCUACAGCUACGACGACGACUGCGGAUUCUGUCAUACCGGAGCCUUUUAAAGGCUGGACGUCGUCUGCUGUCAAGAAGUUCAGGAAUGAUUUCAAGGCACUCCUUCGUGCGAAGUCCAAGUUGAAGAAGAUGAAGCUUCUGGACGGCCAAGGUGUGAUCCUGCACAGUAUUCGCACCAAGGUUGUGGAGUUUCAGACGAAGUACCCCAAGACCAAGGAGAAAUCUGCUGCUUCACUCGCCAGCGUGCAUCUGGAGAACCAACAGCGACUCCAAGCGGACUUCAUCAAGUCGAAGGAGAUGGAGGUUGAGGAGAUUCAGGCGGCCACCAGCUCGCACCUUACGGCUUUGGCUACACAGCUUGAGGACUACAUCAAGAGCUUGUCAGCGGACCCCGAUCUCGCCGUGUCGGACGCGGCUCGAGAGAAAUUCCGUCGAAUUAAAGGGCUCUGCAUCGAUAAAGCUCGCGCCGACAUAGCUGCAGCCAAGGACGACAUCGUCAUCCACGAGCUCGAGAGGGUGCGGAAGAAGGAGGCCGAGGAUCUGAAGAAGGCUGCAGCGGCGGAGGAGAUGGACACCAUGGAAACGCCAGAGGUGCUAACCGAGUUGCUUCAGAAGGAGGCGAAGAAGAUGGGCGAUCGGCUGCGGAAGGAAAUUACAGCUGAAGUCGAAGCGCGUCUAUCGGCCAAGUUCCAGAAAAAGCUCGCAAUAGGAAAAGCAAGACUCCGCGCCUCCCGCUAA